GAAGGUCACGUGGAGCGCAUCCUUGUGGCCACAUGCACUCCCAUGGUACCAUGAAGGUCUCUGAUUCUCCGCACCACCUAUGUUCAAGUCGCAUUUACCAGUUUCCACCCAAAGCAACACUUCUUAACAUGUUUCGCAUCGUCCACCGAUCGGUAAUUCUCACCCGACGCCCCAACCAUCCAGCGACUCGCCGGUUCAACACGUCCGGUCCAGCAGCCGAAGGGUCCGCUCAAGGAGCUAUGCCCCCUCCUCCUCCCCCUCCGCAUGGGGAUUGGGCGCGCCGACUCAAUGAAUACGAGCACCGCUACAAGCACUUUGCCGCUCGUGUCAACGGUACAGGCGAUCGCAAAUGGAUUGGAAAGGGCCCAAUCAUUGGGUUUGUCGGAGGCGUCCUUGUCGGAAGCUCAUUGUUCUCGAAACGCGAUCAUGGCGACGAACGUACCGAGCGCCGCAUCAAAUCGCUGGCAAGUGAUUUGCAAGACGAGUCACGAAAGCUAAAACAACAACUGGUGUCGAUUCAACAGUCGAUCGACCAGCUUAAAGUGGCCACGCCCGCUUAUGCCCCCUACCCAUCUCGUCCCCACGUGUAAGCAAGAUAAUGAAAUGAAUGCUUUGGAUUGAAGAUUUGUCGUGUGGGGGGAUUCUAGGACGGAAGUAAGGACCUUCAACAAGGAGGAGCGAUCAAAACAACGAGCCUCAAAGUUUCAACAGGAAGUGGGGAAGUUCAAAGGAGAUUUGGACGAUGCAAACUCACUGGGUGACAAAUUGCAGUGUUGUAUGGGGUUCUUGGGGGUGUUUUGUGACUUUGUGGUCGAGGAGGUGGACGAAGGCACGCUGCGAUCCACGAUGACCAUCGACGAAGUGGACGAUAUGGAUGAGAUUUUAGUGUUUAUCAGGGGACUUUCGGCCAAUUUGAAGGCAUGGAAAGUUGAUUCAUAGUGGAGGUUUGAAUACGACAUUUGCAUUGUCCAUUGACAUCUACAAGUGUAGCAGUGCUUGGUAAAUUGAGUAAUGUGGACCUUGAGGGUCAUGUACGAC